AUGGAGGAGAUGAAGUACUCGCCACUGUCAAACACUUCGACAACCACCACUACUGCCGACGGCAACAGAGAGCAAGGGACGUCUUCGAUGUUGUCGCGAAUCAAGAAAGAUUGCUUUGCUUUUGGAGUUUCAUUGCAAGAGGGAUUUCGAUACGUUAAAGCAACCUUAGUUGGUCUGGCAAAAAAGCUGAAAGCAAGAGAUGAGCAGGAAGCGGCAAUAGCUGAUUUACAAGCUCAAAAAAUGCAGGUUAAAGCAGCUGAUGAAGCUGAAGAUACCAAGAAAAAAAAAUACAAAUCCACGUAAUCGAAAUACAUAACAAUACAUUCAUGUUCAUGUAACAUGUUGCUUUCUUUUCGUACAGUUGUAAAUAAAACCUCUUCGUUUAUGAAUAAUAAGUAGAUAUAAAAGAA